UACAACAUCCUUUUUUCCAUAAAUUAUUCUUUCUAAAAUUAGCUAAAUCCUCUCCAUUCCUCUGUUUUUGAGUUAGAAACAUGAAAAUGAACAAACCCGCCUUAGCCUUUUCUAUUGUUUUUCUAGGAUUAUGUAUCCUAAAUAUUAAUGUUGAUGCUUUUGUGGCUUCUGGAUGGCAAAAGGCUCAUGCCACUUUCUACGGUGGCAGUGAUGCUUCUGGAACUAUGGGAGGAGCAUGUGGGUACGGCAACUUGUACUCCACUGGCUAUGGGACAAGCACCGCAGCUCUAAGUACUGCAUUGUUCAACAAUGGUGCGGCAUGUGGGCAAUGCUACAGAAUCAUGUGUGACUAUAACACGGAUCCAACAUGGUGUAGGAAGGGAGCUUCGGUAACUAUUACUGCAACUAACUUCUGCCCUCCAAACUAUGCAUUGCCAAACAAUGCCGGAGGUUGGUGUAACCCUCCUCGCCAACACUUUGACAUGGCGCAACCUAUCUGGGAGAAGAUUGGCAUUUACAGAGGCGGAAUCAUUCCUGUCAUCUUCCAAAGGGUUCCAUGUAUGAAGCAAGGAGGAGUCAGAUUUACUAUCAAUGGAAGGGACUACUUUGAGCUUGUAUUGAUCAGCAACGUAGGUGGAGCAGGAUCAAUCCAAUCUGUUUCGAUCAAGGGAACGAAAACUAACUGGAUGGCGAUGUCUAGAAAUUGGGGGGCUAACUGGCAGUCAUUGGCAUACCUUAAUGGACAAUCUUUGUCCUUCAGAGUCACUACUACUGAUGGCCAAACACAAACUUUUAACAAUGUGAUUCCUGCUAAUUGGAGAUUUGGUCAGACGUUUUCGAGUCUUGUACAGUUCAAGUAA